UUGGAUGAUUCAAAGUCUAUGGCUGAGUCUCAGGGUGUUGACAUUGCAUUCCAGAGUGUUGCUUUGGUGUCAAAGGCGUUAUCGCAACUUGAAUCUGGCCAAUUAUCGAUCAUGAAAUUCGGCAGUCAAUCGGAGGUUGUGCAUCCAUUUGAAAAACAAUUUGGUGGCACCUCUGGUAUUAAUGUUUUCCGCGAGUUUAAGUUCGAUGACACCAGAACCGAUAUCAAGAAGCUAGUUUCUAAGUCGCUAAAGGUAUUCAGCGAUGCCAGAGUAUUUGGCAAUUCUGAUUUGUGGCAAUUAGAGAUAGUUCUUUCUGACGGGGUUUGUGAAGAUCACGAAACUAUAAAAAGGUUAGUGAGAAGAGCGAGAGAGGAGAAGGUUAUGAUUGUUUUUGUGGUUAUUGAUGGCUUGAACGGGAAAGAAUCUAUUCUGGACAUGGAUCAGGCCAGCUAUAUUACAGAUGAUAGCGGCAAAAUGAAGCUACAAGUCAACAAGUAUUUGGAUACUUUCCCCUUCGAAUUUUACGUUGUGGUUCGCCAUAUCAACGAGUUGCCAGAGAUGCUAUCAUUAAUUUUGAGACAGUAUUUCACUGAGUUAGUUUCCUCAUGAUUGUCGUUUCCUAACUCAACAUAUGAUUUCAUUUUGUCGACUAAACUUCCUUCACCUUACUGUACUAUACAUAACUUUCUAUUGCACUUUAUCACUGUAUAUAUAGAUCAC